AUGCCACCCAAGCCAGACAGAAAGGAGAAGCCCGUCAAAGGCGAUGACGCUGAGAAAGUCAACCGCCCGUACGCGAGCACGGACGUGUCCGCCAACCUCAAGAACCGCGUCACCAAGACCGAGGCUCAGAAGGCCCUCAACGCGCUGGCUGAGAAGGGUUCCCUCACCCUCAAGCCAUACGGCAAGCAGACGAUCUUCGUCUACAACCAGUCCCAGCUCUCCGUCCUCGAUCCCGAAGAGAUGAUACAGCUUGACAACCAGCUCAAGAAGGUCAAGUCAGCGCUGGAUGAGCGCCGCAAGGAGUUAAAGUUGCUUCAGUCUGAAAUCGCUUCACUCGAGGCGCAACCGAAGACCAAGGAGCUCAGUGACGCGAUAAGCGAAGUUGCAGCUGGGAACGAGCUCAUCUUCACCGCACUCAAGGCCUUCCGCGAGGAAUCGGCUGCGGCACCCAUGUCCCCGAAGGACACGGCCAAGAUUGACGCCGACUGGGAUCGCUGGCGCAAGGAGUGGACGUCGCGGAAGAAGGUGUAUAGGGACCUCUAUGGGAUGCUUACUGACUGCGGAAUGGCCUCGGGUUCCCAGGCCGACUUCGAGGAGGAGCAAGGCAUCGACAACGAUGAUGACGAGACCAAGGCUGUCGAAGCGGGAGAGUUUUGUCACCCCGUUGGGCACGGCUCGGGCAAGCGGAAGCAGCCGAGUUCCGGCGGAAGUACGGGCCGUACAAUUUCUGUCAAGCGCACCCGUACCUGA